UUUUGCACUACAACAGCGUUUUGAAUUUUACUAUUUGGUUUUAAAAUAUCUUCGUAAGAUCUAGAUCUAGAUUACCUCUAUCUUAUUUGUGAGAUAAGGUUUUGUCUUCCUUGAGCGAAAAGAAAUAAAUUUCAUGUAAUACAAAAUGCCGGCGUGAAUGGUCACUAUCGGGAACUUAUAUUUGUUAGAUUGUCCCGCCAUGUUCUGAGAGGUUCGUACAUAGUGUGGUGAUGAGGUACCUCAGAUGUGCGACAGCCUGGGUCCUUCUUCAUAUCGCUGUGGUCAUUGGCUAUUCUGAUCUUAGAAACGACAAGUGCGUGGCUCCUUCCAUGGCCGUGAACCUACCAAAGUCAAGGACGGUGUGGUCGGGGCGUGUGGACAUCACGAUGGAGUGUGACCAAGGUUACGACCUCGCGCUCAACUCCCCGCCCGGGGCGAGGUUCAUGUGUUUCCCCAACGGCAGUGAUUGGAUACCCGACUACAUACCGGACUGUAACACGAAAGCAUUUCCUCACAAAAUUAUCGUGGUGACCACAAUCAUUUUGAGUAAAAACUGCCCCACCAUCCCGGACAUCUCUAUGCAUAACUCUGAGAAUUUGAAGGUUGGACCUGACAAAAAAAUUGACAUUAGCAAGAUCUGUGGCAAGAGCAAGAAUUUUGUCACGUGUGAUAUUCACAGUGUCACUAAAGUUUGUGGCAAUGCGCCCAACAAGCCAGAGAAUUUUAUUCGCAUACAGAUCAUCGACUCCUUCACAAAAGACCUGACCUGGACCCAAUACAAGUCUGAUGCAGAUGAACUGAGCAGACAUCUUGUUGACCAGCUUUCUGAGGUCACCGGAAGUUCAGAGUUCAACACGGCUUUAACCGGAAGUUGUAAAGCCGGCUCGCUUGCCGUGCUUGCUGCCGGGAAGGAGAUCGUCUGCCGGGGCUGUUCACUGGGCCACUACCUUGUACCCGAGCAGAAGAAAUGCCUGCCGUGUAAGCCCGGCUACUACGCCGACGCCCCCCUGCGGACCAACUGCACCCUCUGCCCGGGGCUGGUGGGCGUGAAAGAUGACGUCAUCUGGGCCAACGUCAGCCGGAUGCCGGAUCGAGGCUACAGCUUGACCCAGUGCCCGUAUGUGAAGAAAGAGCACGGUCAGGCCACCGUCAUCAACCCCAUGGAGCAGCCGGAGGCCAAACUACAACUCUCCUCCUCCCAGGAUAAUAAUCACGGCAGCAGGGCCGAGAAUUGGAGCAUAAUCCUGGCAGUCGUCGGCUGCACAACGCUGUUCCUGUUGGUCACGUACACCCUUAGCGCAAUAGCCCAGACCAAACUACACAAUAUCAAGAAGGCAGAGGCCAUGAAGUCCCUGCCCCCUAGUCCAGUAGAGGCGUGCUACCUGUCAUCAGACUCCACUGACUCCAUAGACAAAACGUCCAUAGAUGACCAGAGGAGUCAGGCAAUCCAAGCCAUCAUGCUGGGGAUGGAAGCUGGGGAAACUUUUACAAUCAAUCACAUAGUCGACUAGUCUAGACCAAUCAAUAAACAAAUGGAGAUUC